AUUUUAGUAACAAAAAAAACUAAUUCCACGAUUUCACAAGAUAGAGUUUAACUAAUUCUACAAUUCUAUUCUAUAAAAAGAGUAUAACCACAAAUCAUCAAUACACCUACAACAAUUUUAGACUCUUGGUCAAUAAAAAAACCCUUAAACUUUCUCCUUCAAUUCCCUCUCCACUCUUCUUCUCUCACUCUUCCACUCAUCAUCAUGAACAACACUGAUCAUCUAACUCCGUUUCAACGCAUGUUUUUGCCGCAACCACCACCACCUCCACCGCCAUCACAGCCGCCUCCACCGCCAUCACCGCCGCCUCCACCGCCACCACCAGAAGCUGGUCCUUCUCGUCGGCCACGUAAUAAAGAAAGCAAAGUCAUCCCUAUCUCUUUCAUAUGGGCUAAGGAUCGCAAAGUAAGCCUUCACAGAUUCAAUCAUCUUGUUCAAAAUGGAAUAACUAAUAUAUCUGGAGAGUUUGUUUGCAAAAAAUGCAACUACAAAUUUGGAAUGACAUUUGAUUUAAGAGAGAAGUUUACUGAAUUAUGGAAGUACAUCGCUCGUUACAAACACACCAUGCAUGAUAGGGCCCCACCAGUUUGGUUGAAUCCAACGUUACCACAAUGUGCACAGUGUAAUCAAGUGGACGAUGUGAUUCCAUAUUUUCCUGAGAAGAAAAGGGACACCAAUUGGUUGUUUCUUUUAUUGGGACAACUACUUGGUUGUUGCUCACAUUCACAACUCAAAUAUAUUUGCAAGCAUACAAAGAAUCAUCGUACAGGUGCUAAGGAUAGACUUCUUUAUUUAUCUUAUCUUGCACUUUGCAAACAACUUGAUCCUAAUGGACCUUUUCAUAUUUUCUGAUGAUUACUAGUUUUACUAUUCAAAAUAUUGAAACUCUAAUCAUAUAGGCAUUUAAGUAAUACUAUUUUAUAUAGUUAAGGUUUUUUAGUAUUUGUUUUUUUUUUCUUUUCUGUUAGACUCUGUUUUGAUGAAUACAUGGAAAUAUAUUCCAUCUGUAUUCACCAAAAACACAGUUUUUAUUUGAAUUAUUUUUUUUAAUUUUGAUGUUUUGUUUUAGAUCUUUAUGCAACAGAUCUGAUGAAAGUAUUAUGUUUUAUGAGUUCGGUUAGUUUGUACUAUGCUGAAAUAUAAAUAAAAUUU